CUCGCAACGAGUGAGUUCUCGUCUUGGACAACUCUCGUUCCAUAGUUUUGGUAGACUCGAAUGGAUCUAACACGCACAGGUCCGUGUGGAAGGUCUGUCAUGCUCUUGAUUCAACAUGCUGGAAAUCCAACAUGAUGCUUUCAUGACAUGUGUCAUGAAUGUCGAUUGAUCUCAGGAUAAUUUUCAUACAGUUACGGCCACUUCGAUGUUUCAGUUUAUUCUAGUUAUGUCAAGCGCUCGUUUGGUUGGACUCACCUGAAUGCCAGAUCCGGUUGAGGCGUUGCGAUGGCAGUAGUUGCGAUGGAAGUAGAUCCUGAUACGCUCCUAUUCACGCAAGACUCGAUAGCUGUUCGUUUCAAAAAGCCAUAUGAGAAGGAGAAGAUCGAUGAUGCAGUGAUUUCUAUAUUAAAUGGGGCGGUGCGAGUAUCAGAGUUCAAAAGAAUGCGGGUGGUUGAUCAUGAAGGGCGACUGUGGUCACUCGACAACAGGCGACUGUGGGUAUUUAAAAAAGCGAAAGUCCGGAAGAUUGUGGUGGACGUCGUUCCUUUCCACAGGAAUCCUCGUAUCGCCGAGGUGAUGCAAAACCCGGAGCUCAAGAUGAAACUUUUAAGGACCGGCUUCUGGCCACAGGUACGAGGCAAAUGUAAAAUGUUCUUCAAGCCGACCAAGCGAGUCAGUCACGUCCCUGCAGCGACAAAGUAUCGGGUCGAGGAGAGACAACCGAGUUAUAUUCAAAUUCCAGCUGAGCUGCCUGUCAUCCGCAGGCCAGAAUCUUUUGCGGACGAUGGCCAGAAUCGGACCAACUGGCCUGUUACCCACGAACCCGACGAAAAUAAUCACGAGUCGGAGAGGAAGAAGGCUGUGACUCUUGUCAUCAUCAGUUCUGCGCUGACGAUAGCAGCUUUGGCCCUCGCUUCCGACGAGAGUCGAAGAAGUAUCGUCAAUUCGCUAUCCAGUGCGAUGAAAGUGACGUUUCUGGAUAUUAUUCCAGCUCUUGGCCGUUGGACCGUGAGGAAAUUUUGGCAAACGCUGCCUCGAGUCCCGCCGCCGUUUGUGGCUUAGUGCAAUCUAAUGAUGCAUCCUUCAAUUGCGAUUGCCCGUAUCUAUCGAUUGCCCGUAGUCACACUCACUCCCUUUGUGCACUCAGGCUUUGUUCGAUUGCAGUCCAGUUCAGGACGAGGAGGCGACCCUCCGACGAUCUUGACUUGCUCGUUUCUCGAGUGAGUGAACUGGUUCUUUAGACUUACUCAGAUCGAGAUGUCGAGAGAAAGAUAUUGGUCAUGGUUUGGUGUUACUUGCUGUUUCUCUUGACUACUGAUAUUCAGGAAACGCUAAACUUUGGGAAGCCAAUAUGUUGUUUCCCGACUGAUUCACGGAAACAAUCUGAUAGCACAUCACACUAGUACACUGUUGUGUUACUUUUGUUUCUAUACAGCUUAACAUUUUCUUUUAAACUAUAUAUUUCAUCGAGAGAUUCUCGAAAUAACUUGUGAUUUUCCCAUCAAUAAAAAAAUUUUAACGUCUUA